AUGUCAGAAGACAAGAUCACGGGAACCUUGGCUUUCACUGUCUUCACUGCUGUGCUGGGUUCCUUCCAGUUUGGAUAUGACAUCGGCGUGAUCAACGCACCUCAAGAGGUAAUAAUAUCCCAUUAUCAACUGGUUUUGGGUGUUGCGGUGGAUGAUCGAAGAGCUGCCGGUAUCCAUGACAUCAACAGCACAGAUACCCCAUUCACAGUCACGCCGGAAUACACCACACCAGCCCCCUGGGCAGAAGACAAGGCUGCAGGCUCCGCUCAAGUCAUCACAAUACUCUGGUCUCUGUCUGUGUCCAGCUUCGCAGUGGGUGGAAUGAUCGCCUCGUUCUUUGGUGGGUGGCUAGGGGACAAGCUUGGAAGGAUCAAAGCCAUGCUGGCCGCCAACAGUCUGUCACUGACUGGAGCUCUCUUGAUGGGGUGCUCCAGACUCGGACCGUCACAUAUUCUCAUCAUUGCCGGAAGAAGUAUAUCAGGACUCUACUGUGGGCUAAUUUCAGGGCUGGUCCCUAUGUACAUUGGUGAAAUCGCUCCAACCACGCUCCGAGGUGCCCUGGGCACUCUGCACCAACUGGCCAUUGUCACAGGCAUUCUUAUUAGUCAGAUAGCUGGUCUCAGCUUUAUUCUGGGCAAUCAGGAUCGUUGGCACAUCCUGCUUGGCCUGUCUGCUGUGCCAGCUCUCCUACAAUGUCUCCUGCUCUUCUUCUGUCCAGAAAGCCCCCGAUACCUUUAUAUAAAGCUGGAAGAGGAAGUCAAAGCAAAGCAAAGCUUGAAGAGACUAAGAGGAACUGAGGAUGUCACCAAAGAUAUUAAUGAGAUGAGAAAAGAAAAGGAAGAGGCAGCUACUGAGCAGAAAGUCUCCGUGAUCCAGCUCUUCACGGACUCCAGCUACCGACAGCCCAUCAUUGUGUCUCUAAUGCUGCACAUGGCCCAGCAGUUUUCUGGAAUCAAUGGGAUAUUUUACUACUCAACCAGCAUUUUCCAGACAGCUGGGGUCAGCCAGCCUGUGUACGCCACCAUUGGCGUUGGUGCCAUCAACAUGAUCUUCACUGCUGUCUCUGUGCUGCUUGUGGAGAAAGCCGGGCGGCGGUCCCUGUUUCUAGCUGGAAUGAUUGGGAUGUUUUUCUGUGCCAUCUUCAUGUCUGUGGGACUUGUGCUGCUGGAUAAGUUCGCCUGGAUGAGUUAUGUGAGCAUGACAGCCAUUUUCCUCUUCGUCAGUUUCUUUGAGAUUGGCCCAGGUCCAAUCCCUUGGUUCAUGGUUGCUGAAUUUUUCAGCCAAGGACCCCGCCCCACUGCUCUGGCCCUGGCUGCCUUCAGCAACUGGGUCUGCAAUUUCCUUAUUGCUCUCUGCUUCCAGUACAUCGCGGACUUCUGCGGGCCUUACGUGUUCUUCCUCUUCGCUGGGAUCGUUCUGGCCUUCACCCUGUUUACAUUUUUUAAAGUUCCUGAAACCAAAGGAAAGUCUUUUGAGGAAAUCUCGGCAGAAUUCCGGAAGAAGAGCGGUUCGGCCCCACCCGCCAAAGCAGCUGUACAAAUGGAAUUCCUGGGGGCUUCAGAGACUGCAUGA